AUGGGUCCUCGGUAUCGACGAGUUGCUGUGAUUGGCGCUGGUCCAUCUGGUAUCUCGGCCAUCAAAGCGCUACACGAAGAGAAUAUCUUCCAAAGGAUCCGCCUAUUCGAGCGAAGAGACCGUUCCGGAGGAACCUGGGUCUAUGAUCGCAUUCCCGAUGUCUUUCCUGAUCCAAAAGAUUCCAUGAAGCAAAAUGAAAUACCAGGAAGUCUUCCUCGGUUUCAAUCUCCGAGUCCGGAGGACACUACUGCAAGAACGGCUGUCUACGAUUCUCUCGACUCGAACCUUGGUGCCAAGGCCAUGGAGUUUACGCACACGCCAUUCCCAGUGGUCAAUUCGGCGACAUCCAUUCAACAAUUCGGACACUCGAAUCCGACUCGCCCUUUCAGAGUUGUCGCCGGAUAUCUCCAAGAUCUUUUCAAGACGUACCACCAUCUUGCCAGCUUCAAUACGACAGUCGAGAAAGUCGAAAAACAUGGCAAAGAAUGGGUGUUGACUCUUCGCCAGUCCGGUCACAUCCAUGAGAACCAGCAAAGCGAUUACUGGUGGCAAGAGCACUUUGACGCUGUCGUCGUUGCUACGGGGCAUUACAGUGUGCCUCUCGUCCCCGACAUCCCAGGUCUAGACAAAGCGCUCUCAUCGCAUCCAGCCGUAUUCGAGCACUCCAAAGCCUUUCGUUCUCCAAAUGACUAUGUUGACAAAAAGGUCAUCGUAGUCGGGGGCAAUGUCUCGUCCGCUGAUCUCGUUGCGGACCUCCAUGCUAUCGUCAAGGGGCCUUUGUAUCUAUCCCAAAGAGGCCGCAACGAAGCUCUUCAAUCCGCAUGGGAUCUACCCAAUAUCCAGCUCAAGCCCACUAUUUCACGAUUCGAUACCUCGACACAGGAUAUAACCGUGAUCUUCUCAGAUGGCACGACUCUCGCAGGCAUCGAUAAGAUCAUCUUCGCAACAGGAUACAAGCUAUCCUACUCAUUCCUCACCCCUGAUCCUGUUACACCCAACAACCGUGCGUCCGGUUUUUAUCAACACGUCUUCAAAAUUGGUGAUCCAUCACUAGCACUCGUCGGUCAAGCCCGCGCCGCAAUCAGUUUCCGAAUCUACGAAUACCAAGCCGUGGCAGUGGCACGAUACUUUGCUGGUCGAAAUGCAAAAGCACUGCCCAGUCCGCAAGAGCAGGAUCUUUGGGAAGUCGAACGAUUGAAAUAUAAAGGUCCCUCUGAUCUCUUCCACGAGAUCAAGCCUGAUUUCGGGGAAUAUUUUGCUUUUCUGCGAGAUUUGGCUGGACCUCCUGCGCCGGGAAGUGGAGGGUAUGAAUUGCCACCGUGGGAUGAUAGAUGGGUUGAGCAGGCAUUUGAGAUUUUGCAGUUGAAAGAUGCAUACUGGAGGUCUCUUCGGAGGGCAGCAGAGGGUGCGGAUCGGCCGAGGGCUAAGUUGUAG